AUGAAAAGAUUCAUCACUCAUCAAAUCACUACUAAAUAUUGCAACAAUUCAAAUAAAUAUAUUCGUCGAAGUUAUAAUGCUUCAAAUAAAUUAUUUGAUACAGCAGUUUCAGAACAUAAAAAUGAUUCAUCAUUGUUCGUAUCAGAACCAAAAAAAAAAGUAGAAGCUGAUAGGGAUUUAAUAUUAGAAGUGUUACAUACAGCUCCUAACCAACACUCAACUCCAACAAAACCUUCAACUGCACAAGAACAAUCCAAAUUAUUGAUGUCAUCCAUCCAAAAAGCAGAGUUUGUUGAUUCAUUGUUUGCAACAAGAUUUGAACAUAUUGCUUUAAUAAAAUUACAAGGUCCUUUUGUCCCUCUAAAUUUAAAUUAUGUAGCAAAAACUUUGGUUCAUCUGCAAAAGUUGGGUCUGAUGUCAAUCGUGGUAUUGGAUAAUGAUGAAUGGAGGGAGUUGAUGCGGGAAGGCCCUUCCUCAUUUGUCAAAUUAAGACAUUGGAUGAUGGAGAAUGCUACUGAUGUUUCUCAAGCAAUUGAAAAUUGUGGUGGAAGAGCAACACCGAUUUAUAAUGGUAUUUUCUCGCUCAAAAAUACAAAUCGCAAUAGCAAUGGUUUUUUAUCUACUAAUACUAAAAUUGAUGUAUCACUAUCAUGGCUUCAGUCAACGUUAAAAUUAGGUCAAAUUCCAAUGAUUCUUCCAAUAGCAUUAGAUGAACAAUCUAUUCAAAAAACUCUAUCACCAAAUGAUGGAAUGAUUGCAUUAACAAAAGCAUUAUCGAAUCUACCCGAAAACAACAGUUUAAACAUAAAAAAUCCUAAAUUGGAACCAAUGAGAAUCAUAGUUAUAAAUGAAGAAGGUGGUGUACCUGCUGAAGAUCGUAAAGGCUCACAUGUUUUCAUUAAUAUUCAACAAGAAUAUGAUGACAUAAAAGAAAGUUAUAAAGUCAAUCCACAAUGGAAAUUAACUCAUCCUACAGGAUUAGAAAACUUUGAGAUGAUCAAAUCUUGUCUAGAGAUAUGCCCUUCAACAACAUCUGCUAUAAUGGUUCCAUCAUUUUCACCAACAGGCCUGAUAUCUAAUCUGAUAACUGAUAAACCUUUAUUCUCUUCAUCUUUACCUCUGAAUGCUCGAACCACUCCAUCCACCUCAACCACUGUUAUACGAUAUGGACUUCAUGUCUAUUAUCAUCACUCAUUAUCAAAUAUUAAUAUUCCUUCACUGAGAUCGUUAAUAGAGAGUUCGUUUGAUCGCAAGUUGGAUGUUGAUGAGUAUGUUAAAAGAUUAAAAAAAUGUUCAAGAGAGAUCAUCGUGGCUGGUGAUUACCAAGGUGCAGCCAUAGUCACGAUUGAAGAUUGUGGUAUUGCUUACUUGGAUAAAUUUGCUGUUGCCCCCAGCACUCAAGGUAUUGGCGUAGCUGAUAUUCUAUGGAAACAAUUACAACUUAGAUCUCAUGGCAAUUUAAAGGUUCCUGGCACUAAUUGGAUAAUGUUUUGGCAUGGCGAUGAAGCAAUUAAUACAUUAGACAAAUGUAUCAAAAUUUGUCAAAAUGUUCCUGUUUCAUUUUACCCAAAAAGGCUACCAAUUGGAAACAAAUCACAUGAAAAAUAUUGA